ACCGAAAUUGGUUUCACUCGAUCUCUCUCGUAAUUAUUUUUUGUUUCUUGACAACAUUGAGUUUCAAAUGCUUGUGCAUAACUUAACAGAGUUAAGGUUUCUUAUCCUUGAUUCUGUGGAUGUGGAUAUGUCUCCGGUUGUGCCUUCUUCCUUGCUAAACUUGACUUCUUCCUUGGAGCAUUUGAGCCUUCAUGAUUGUAAUUUGCGAGGAAACUUUCCAAACCAAGUUUUUCAACUAACGAAAUUGGUUUCACUUGAUCUCUCUUAUAAUGAUGAUUUGCUUCUUGACAACAUAAAGUUUCAAAUGCUUGUGCAUAACUUAACAGAAUUAAGGUUUCUUAUCCUUGAUUCUGUGAAUAUGUCUCUGCUAACGAAAUUGGUUUCACUCGAUCUCUCCCAGAAUUCUGGUUUGCUUCUUGACAACAUAAAGUUUCAAAUGCUUGUGCAUAACUUAACAGAAUUAAGGUUUCUUAUCCUUGAUUCUAUGAAUAUGUCUCUGGUUGUGCCAUCUUCCUUGCUAAACUUGACUUCUUCCUGGAAGCAUCUGAGCCUUAGCUCUUGUAAUUUGCAAGGAAAAUUUCCAAGCCAAGUUUUUCAGCUUCCAUCUCUCCAGCUUCUUGAUUUAAGCUACAACUUUGAUUUAGAAGGUAAUUUGCCCAAGUCAAACCAGAGUAGUACCUUCGAGUAUUUGAAUCUUGGAAGCACAUCCUUCUCAGGAGAGUUGCCUCAUUCAAUUGGAAAUCUUAAACUCCUGAAAUUAUUGAAUCUUGAAUGCUGCCAAUUUUAUGGAUCAAUUCCAGAUGUUUUUGGAAAAAUGCACAAGCUAACUCAUUUGAGCCUUUUUAAUAACAGUUUUGAUGGUGAAAUUCCUACAUCAAUCUUCAACCUCACCAAUCUUACUUAUUUGAGACUGUCAUCAAAUAAGCUAAGAGGGCCUCUUCCUCACAAUAUAAGUGGACUCUCAUUUUUACAUGAGUUUCGAAUGGAUAAUAAUUUCAUCAAAGGUCGUGUACCAUCUUGGUUGUUUUCUUUGCCUUCUUUAUCCUAUUUAGACCUCCAAAACAACUGCCUUACCGGACCUAUUGAUCAUGUUGAGAUGCCCAAUCUCUUUUUACUAGAAGUCUAUUUGUCCAAUAAUGAGAUAAGCGGUUCAAUUCCUAGCUUCUUCUUUGAUCUUGUGCAUCUUUUUAAAGUCGACCUUUCUUCAAAUAAUUUUAGUGGCACCAUUACACCCGACAUGCUUUCAAAGCUUGUAGACCUUGAGGUUCUUGAUCUUUCCAAUAAUAGUUUGCUGUCUUUGAGCAAUAAUGGCACUGCUGUCAACUAUUCCUUUCUUCCAAACCUUAUGUAUUUAAUAUUCUCUUCUUGCAACAUACACAAGUUCCCAAGUUUCUUAAGGAAGGCAAAGAAAUUGUCCGAAUUGGAUAUUUCCAAGAACAAGAUUUCUGGUCAAAUUCACCGAUGGGAAAUAGAAGGGAUGUCAUUGGAUACAUUAAACCUUUCUUAUAACUUCUUGACUGGUAUAGAUCUAUUUGGUUUUGGAUUUCUUAACACUGUUGACCUCAGAUCGAACUUACUACAAGGAUCACUUCCCAUUCUAUCAACAACUUGGCAUUUUAUGCAACAACUCCUCAUUUCAGGGAAUAAUUUGACUGGCAAAAUCCCCUCUUCUUAUUGUAAUUUUACUUCUCUUGCGGUUCUAGUCUUAGCUAACAAUAGUUUGGAAGGAAAUAUUCCAGAAUGUCUUGGAAACUUGAGUGAUCUCACCAUCUUGGAUCUGCGGAUGAAUAAGUUCUAUGGUAGGAUUCCAAAUUUAUUUGUCAACAACAGUUUCUUGUCAACUCUCAGCCUAAAUGGCAACCAGUUGGAAGGGAAACUGCCACGGUCUUUGGUUAAUUGUAGUUACUUGGAAAUUCUAGACGUGGGGAACAACAACUUGAAUGAUACCUUUCCACAUUGGUUAGGUGUGCUUCCAUGGCUAAAAGUUCUCAUCCUUCGAUCUAAUAGAUUUCGUGGUGCCAUCAGCAAUUCUGUGCCUGCAUUUUACUUCCCUCAGUUAAGAAUCAUUGAUGUCGCACAGAAUGAUUUUAUGGGUCUCCUACCGAGUAACUAUUUCAAAAUUUUGAAAGGUAUGAGAGAUGUAGCUCCAACUGAUAAAGUCAAAUUGGAAUACAUUGAUAAAUAUGUGCCAUGUAUGGCAGCUGCAGGUUGCCGAAUUCUUGACAAUGAUUAUAAGGAUUCUGUGAAGGUUGUAAUGAAAGGGUUACUGGUGGAUCUUACAAGGAUCUUGAUAAUUUUCACAACUAUAGAUUUCUCGAGCAAUAAAUUUCAUGGAGCGAUUCCUGAAGAGCUGGGAGAACUCAAUUCACUUAUAUUGCUAAACUUAUCUCACAAUAGUCUCAAUGGUCAAAUCCCGUCAUCAUUGGGGAAAUUAGCAGAACUCGAGUCAUUAGAUCUCUCAUCAAACAAGCUUGAAGGCAAGAUUCCAGAGCAAUUGACAAAGCUGACGUUCCUAUCAGUUUUGAAUCUUUCACACAAUGAACUUGUGGGCCACAUACCUGAAGGGAAGCAGUUUAGUACUUUCUCAAAUGAUUCCUACAUUGGGAACUCUGGGUUGUGUGGAUUCCCAUUGACAAAGAAAUGCGAAGAACCAAGACCACCUUCAUCACAAUUUGAUGAAGAAGAUGACUCUAUAGCAGUCUUUGAGUGGAAGUUUGCAUUGGCAGGCUAUGGGUGUGGACUGGUGUUGGGACUUAGUCUGGGAUACAUUGCCUUCACUACAGGAAAACCAUGGUGGGUAGUGAAGAAAGUGGAAAAAUAUCAACAGAAAUUGGUUGGGAGGUGCAAUCGAAGUCGGGGUGUGGACCCAAUCGUUUCCUUUCCCCAUAUUUUCCGAUCAGUUGAAAUUUCGAAUCAGUCUCGAAGCGGACACAGCCGAGCGAUUUUGAAGAGGAUUUGGAGUGCCAGCCGAUCGACGGCCGAGACGGCCUCUGCUCUCUGGAGGCCCAUUCUCUAGCCAUCGCCAACUCUAGAUAGAUAUAUAUAAGGAGUAUCCUGCAGGCAUCCUAAAAUUAAGAGUCUGUUAAACA